CAUGGUAAUCUCACAUUCCACGAAUACUGAAAUGAAAAUCACCGCGUCAACGGACUGUGAUUCAGGUGGAACGUAUUCUCGUUUGCUAAGGAGAUAGAUGCUUUUCAUCUAAAAGCAGCGCUCGUGACGAGGGAGCUUAAGGCCACAAAACCGUGGGACAGCAGGAGGAAGAAAAGCCAGGUAUCUCCACUCCAGCUGCCCUGCCUCAGACUCCUAAGCUUCGCUUGUGAGGAUCCUCUUGUAGGCUAUGACUGGAGAUGGAAUCCUAAAGCACAGGUGAGGUGGAAAUCCUCCUUCAAGGAGAGUCGACUGAGGAAGCCAGCGGCUAAGAAUUGGCGGGACAAGAUACCUCCCUCUUCGCCUACGGCGAGCUCUCAUAGUAGCCGCCGUUCUGCCACCCACGCAGCUUUCUAAGCCACCUCUAGGUCCCCAGCGCCUUCAAUGGGGCGGCCGGCCGCACCCGAGGGCUGCAAGAGGAGACUCGAAGUGCUGGGCCAGCCUCGCUCCCCCGAGGUCCGCUCUUAGAAGGCCUGCCCGCCGGCGAGAGCCAGCCCAAGGCUCAGAUAACCAACGAGGCGCCAGACUCGGCAGGGGAUUGCUUUUGUCUGGGGCCCGGCCGAGGUUACGUCCGUGCCUCGCGCGCACCCGCUCCGCGUUCACUCAGCCAAUCCGACGCUACUCGCGCGCCCAAGAGCGGUCCGUGGUCCUACUCAGGCUGGGCCGCCUCCUUCCCGCUCCCAGCACUCAGCACCCGAGUUCUCACUCCUCCCCUCACUCUCCACGAGUUCCACGCCUCUGGGUGUAGCUCCGCCCCUGUCCCCUAGUCCGCCCCCGCAACCUCCAGAGCGUGUGCUCUCCUUUCCUCUCAGUCCUGCCAUCUAGCUGCCUUGGGUCUCCCGCUCCGCAGAACGGCCCGGCUCUCUCCUGCCUGGUUCUGCCGCCUCCGCGCGCUCUCCCCGUGAGGCCACCGCGCCCCGCAUUCCCAACUUGCCUCCUUCUCGCUGGACUGGGGGUCGCGUGUCUUGACUCCGCCCCCUCCCGCGGACCCGCGCAUUCCCGGCGCGGCCUCUCCCCUACGCAGGCCACCAAGCAUUCUGCGGCCUCCCCCUCCUUCCCCACUCUCCUCUCGCUCUCCUCGGCGAGCGCGCUCCCGGCCCGCGCGCUCCGGGCUCCGGUUUCUCCCGGCUCCUGUCAGUGCGGUGACUGCGCUGGGAAACAUGGCGACCGAGGGAAUGAUCCUCACUAACCACGACCAUCAAAUCCGUGUCGGAGUCCUCACAGUGAGUGAUAGUUGCUUCAGGAAUCUUGCGGAAGAUCGCAGUGGGAUAAAUCUCAAAGAUCUCGUACAAGAUCCUUCUUUGUUGGGUGGGACUAUAUCAGCAUACAAGAUAGUACCAGACGAAAUAGAAGAAAUCAAGGAAACCCUGAUAGAUUGGUGUGAUGAAAAGGAACUGAAUUUGAUAUUAACAACUGGAGGAACGGGGUUUGCACCACGAGAUGUCACUCCAGAGGCCACAAAAGAAGUAAUAGAACGGGAAGCGCCAGGGAUGGCCCUGGCAAUGCUGAUGGGAUCACUUAAUGUUACACCUCUGGGCAUGCUCUCUAGGCCUGUUUGUGGAAUCAGAGGGAAAACGCUCAUAAUUAACCUGCCAGGUAGCAAGAAAGGAUCUCAGGAAUGCUUUCAAUUCAUACUGCCAGCUCUACCUCAUGCCAUUGACCUUCUACGUGAUGCCAUUGUAAAAGUAAAGGAGGUGCAUGAUGAACUUGAAGAUUUGCCUUCCCCACCACCUCCUCUUUCCCCUCCUCCUACAACCAGUCCCCAUAAACAGACAGAAGAUAAAGGGGUUCAAUGCGAGGAAGAGGAAGAAGAGAAGAAAGACAGUGGUGUUGCUUCAACAGAAGAUAGUUCCUCAUCACAUAUAACUGCAGCAGCCAUUGCUGCCAAGAAGCAUCCAUUCUACACCAGUCCUGCUGUUGUCAUGGCACACGGUGAGCAGCCCAUCCCUGGUCUCAUCAAUUAUUCCCAUCAUUCAACAGAUGAACGGAUUCCAGACUCCAUCAUUUCUCGUGGUGUUCAGGUGCUCCCACGAGACACAGCCUCCCUCAGCACUACUCCUUCAGAAUCGCCUCGUGCUCAGGCUACAUCUCGCCUCUCUACAGCUUCCUGCCCAACACCAAAAGUCCAGUCCAGGUGCAGCAGCAAGGAGAACAUUCUUAGAGCCAGUCACAGUGCUGUUGAUAUCACCAAGGUGGCUAGAAGACAUCGCAUGUCUCCUUUUCCUCUGACAUCUAUGGACAAAGCCUUUAUCACAGUCCUGGAGAUGACUCCGGUGCUUGGGACAGAAAUCAUCAAUUACCGAGAUGGAAUGGGGCGAGUCCUUGCUCAAGAUGUAUAUGCAAAAGACAAUUUACCCCCCUUCCCAGCAUCAGUAAAAGAUGGCUAUGCUGUCCGAGCUGCUGAUGGCCCAGGAGAUCGUUUCAUCAUUGGGGAAUCCCAAGCUGGUGAACAGCCAACUCAGACAGUAAUGCCAGGACAAGUCAUGCGGGUUACAACAGGUGCUCCAAUACCCUGCGGUGCUGAUGCAGUAGUCCAAGUGGAAGAUACCGAACUUAUCAGGGAAUCAGACGACGGCACUGAAGAACUUGAAGUGCGAAUUCUGGUACAAGCUCGGCCAGGCCAAGAUAUCAGACCCAUUGGCCAUGACAUUAAAAGAGGGGAAUGUGUUUUGGCCAAAGGAACCCACAUGGGCCCCUCAGAGAUUGGUCUUCUAGCAACUGUAGGUGUCACAGAGGUUGAAGUUAACAAGUUUCCAGUGGUUGCAGUCAUGUCAACAGGGAAUGAGCUGCUAAAUCCUGAAGAUGACCUCUUACCAGGGAAGAUUCGAGACAGCAAUCGUUCAACUCUUCUAGCAACAAUUCAGGAACAUGGCUACCCCACAAUCAACUUAGGUAUUGUAGGAGACAACCCAGAUGACUUACUCAAUGCCUUGAAUGAGGGUAUCAGUCGUGCUGAUGUCAUCAUCACAUCGGGGGGUGUAUCCAUGGGGGAAAAGGACUAUCUCAAGCAGGUGCUGGACAUUGAUCUUCAUGCUCAGAUCCAUUUUGGCAGGGUUUUUAUGAAACCAGGCUUGCCAACAACCUUUGCAACUUUGGAUAUUGAUGGUGUAAGAAAAAUAAUCUUUGCACUACCUGGGAAUCCUGUAUCAGCUGUGGUCACCUGCAAUCUCUUUGUUGUGCCUGCACUGAGAAAGAUGCAGGGCAUCUUGGAUCCUCGGCCAACCAUCAUCAAAGCAAGGUUAUCAUGUGAUGUAAAACUGGAUCCUCGUCCAGAAUACCAUCGGUGUAUACUAACUUGGCAUCACCAAGAACCACUGCCUUGGGCACAGAGUACAGGUAAUCAAAUGAGCAGCCGUCUGAUGAGCAUGCGCAGUGCCAAUGGAUUGUUGAUGCUACCUCCAAAGACAGAACAGUACGUGGAGCUCCACAAAGGCGAGGUGGUGGAUGUCAUGGUCAUUGGACGGCUAUGAUGGUCACCAGCAGGAGAAAGCUUUGAUGCAUGUCCACAUAUCAUUGACUGUAUCCUGUAAUAUGCAACGGCACAGCUAGUUUUCCUGAUUUGGAUGAAAGUUGAUCUGUAUAGUCAACAUCUGGAACUAUAUUUCAAAUGAAUUUAAAUAUCUUUUAAAGAAAAAAACACCUAAAAAUAAAUCUUAACAGACAAUUCUAUUCUGAUUAUAUCAAGGCAAAUUUUUCCUUUCUUGCAAAUUGCUUUGUGUGUUCAAUGCUAGGUCUGAUAGCGAUAGCUUUUAGUAGACAGCGGUAGGUGCCUGCAGAACUUGUGUUUUUCUCAUCUUUAAAAUACAACUACUUAUGCUCUUAAAUCAAGGCUGUCUGCUUAUUUAUACUAGCGUAGGCAACACUUGGAUUUCCCUUCUUAGUAUGCUUCAUAACUGCUUUACAGAGAGCUUUUGCUUGUUCCUUCUCAUGUAUCUCGUGUUUAUGUGCACAGUGCCAAAAGAAGACUGACUGGGUGGAGGCUCUGCCUUGCCUCGAGAACCAUCCCCUGCAGAGCAUCCAGGGAGGUUUCUCGCCCCAAUAGCCUCAAUGGCACAGUACUCUUGGGCGGUAACUGGAUACCUUUUAUUUGAACCAACAAACUGAAGAAAAAUGCUUCCUUAAGUGCUGACAGCCUUUUUAACCAAUACAUUUAAAAUUGUACAGAACAAAAAAAUAAAAUCAAAGACUGAUCUUGUACAGAUAUUAGUGUUACCAGCAUUCACGUGGAAAUCAAGAGCAAAGACAAAAUAAUGUUAAACAACUCUGUACCAUAACAUUUUCUGUAAUGAUACUGAAACUUAAUGAAUAAAAAAAAAUUCCUUGAUCAUUAUUUAAAAA